AUGGAUGAUGAAGCUAUUCUGCGCACUCCUCCAGCUCAAGUCACCACUUCGGCGCUUGAGGCUCAGGAAGAAAGUCCUGAAGACUUUGAUUACACUAUCCCCUCACCACAGGCACCGCCUUCCUUCAGGAGGAUUCGCAGAGGUCCCAGGUCUCAGGCAUCCAUGUCGAGCAUACCAGAGGAGGAUGUGCAACAAACUGGCUCGGUAGCACAUCAAGUGUUCCCUGACGCCAUCCUCUCUGCGACUGCUCAAGAGUCUGAAGCAAAAGCUGCUAAAGACAUCCCGACUGCAUCAGCCGAUGAAGAAAGAGAAGCCACUCCUCCUGCCGGUGUUCCAGUCAUACAAGCCAAAAAUGUGCUAGUGCCAAACCCUCCUAUCAUUGAAGAGAUGGAGGUUGAAGCCAAUGUGGUUGCCACCAUAAACAAUGCUGAAGCCAAUGACACUGUCAUGGCUGAAGACAAUGUGGAGCUCGAAGCCAAUGCAGCUCCAGACAACAUUGAACAACCAAUCACUUCUGAUGAUGUCGUUCCUCCACCAAGGCCUCAUACCAUGGAACGCACAUUCUAUCAAGAUCCAAUUUUCCGAGCGACGACAGAGAGAGUCAAAGAUAAACACGAGCAGCCGGAGAAUAGCCUGCCUUCGCGGCUGCGACGACUUAUUUCCCGGCGAUGUCGGCGGCGUAGGCUGCGAGCGCCAUCUUGCGGCCGUCCGCGAGUGCGCCGCUCAGGGAAGUGGCGUUCUUCUUCACCGAUAACCACAACCCCUCCCCGGCUCGCCUCUGCAUCCGACGACGCAGUGCGGAGAGAACCUUGGCUUCAAAUUGCAGCCUCCAACUUUAACAGAUCCAGAAUUUGCCAUGUUAAAAGUGGGGAGGCUGAUGGCUAUCCAAAAACUGAAGAAGAUAAGUUAGCUGACGAAGAAACCCUUCAGCGUAAUUUGGACAGAGCUAUCCGGGAAGAAGAUUAUGCCCAUGCUGCCAAAAUCAGGGACGAUCUGCGCGUCCUCCAUGAGGAUACUGAGGCUUCCGUCCUUGCAGCAAAUACACGAUUCUACAACGCUUUCAAGAAUGGAGAUUUUACUGCAAUGUACUCUAUCUGGGCUAAAGGAGACCAUGUGUAUGUUGUCCAUCCCGGUGCAGGUCGGAUAUCCGGUCACGAUGUGGUCUUGCAAAGCUGGGAGAUGGUUUGCAACGCGGAUUAUGAAUUCCCUCUAAACAUUGAUCUUAAGAACAUAGAGGUUCAUGUGCGUGGUGACCUUGGUUAUGUUACAUGCUUGGAGUUGGUUAAGACCAAAGGAAAAUCUUGGGGGAAGCAAAUUGCCACCAACGUCUUCGAGAAGAUAGAUGGCACAUGGUAUAUUUGCAUUCACCAUGCUUCACAUAUUGAAGAAUGAAAUGCUGACACUUUCUGGUGGUUUAUGUUGUGUAUUGGGAUAUUCCAUAGCCGUUGGCAAUGUUAUGCCAUGUGAGGUUAUCCAUUUGGGGUUAUAUAUGGCUGGAAUUUACUAUUGCUCAUGGACUUGACACCUCUAGGAGGUGAAGUCAUAUUCCAUAUCCAAGCUACUUAAACAUAACCCUGAUUGCCAUGAUCCUUGUUGUGAAUAUGCAGUCAAAUGUUUCAUGCUUU